GAACGUCUUUGCGUUUACUAGGACAGUCCGACCGUCUAUGGGAUAGACUCUCCGCACUGAUUGAGUUAAUAACUUGCAACCUAGUUUAACUGUCUGCAUCUUAGAGAUGAAUACACACACAAAAGAACAUUAAGUUUACUUGUUUGAAGAUCAACGGUUCAGGUUUACCACUAAAGAAAGUUGUCAAUCAGAUCUAGAAAUGGCCCCCACUAAGAAUGGUGCGACCAACAGCAGACCAACAAGGCGAUUAAUCACUAUUAAACAGAAGAAAGAGAUUAUUGCAGCAUAUGAACAAGGGGCAAGGAUCAUAGAUCUGGCCACUAGGUAUAAUAUGGCAACAUCCACAAUAGCCACCAUUCUGAAAAACAAAGAGGCUAUUAAAGCAGCCAGGGUAUCAUCGGGAGUCAAAACUUUAUCGACUCAAAGAAAUAUCUACAUCGAGGAGAUGGAGAGGCUGUUAAUAUUGUGGAUGAGCGAAAGACAAAUGUCUGGGGAUGUUUUGACUCAGGCCAGAGUGUGCGCCAAGGCAAGGUCUAUCUUCUUAGAUUUGAAACUAAGUCAGCCCAUAGCUAGCACUGAAGCAGGUGUGUUCAAAGCCAGUCGAGGCUGGUUUCAGAAUUUCCGAAAAAGAAUAGGGCUCCUGAGCAUUGAUAGGCAAGAGGAAUCAGUGGCGACCUAUUUAGUGGAUACUGCGAGAGUUGCGCAAGAGUUUCUAGAGCUGGAUGAGGACUACAAAUCUGUUGUUCAUAGUGAUCAUUCACUAUCUCGUGAAUCAUUUAUGAAACAAGAGUUGGCAAUACCAAGUGAGUCAUUGAUCAAACAAGAGCUGGAAGAGGAUCCAGGAGAGGAGGAGAACACAUAUUCGACUGACGAUGAUCAUCCGCAUUCUGUAUCAGAUGAAAACUCACACUGGGAAAGAAAAGUUCCUACAGAAGACGUUGAAGCCAUGUUUCAUCAUUGGGAGGAGUUUCAAACUCUGGCUUUAAGGUGGCAUCCUGACAGAAAGGAAGUAGGCAGAGUCUGCAAUCUUGUUGAAGACAUGUGUCUCAAACCCUUCAUAGAAACCCUUCAGAAGAAAAAAAAUAAACUGACGCUGGAAAAAAUAUUUUGGCCGUCUGUCAUCCCACAGAGUACAGAAACUACUAAAAUUCCUGCUUCAGGGCGAAGGAAGUUGAAAGUUCCUGUGAAGUGUCCUGAUCUUAAUGCCUCUUUGAGAUGAAAACUGUUUGGGGGCAUGCCUUUGUGUGUAAAUACUGUAAAUAGUGAAUUCAGCUUUGUCAAGUCUUCUGGAGUUCUUUAGCUUGUCAAACAUUCAGACAACAUGAACGACUGAGAACAGGGGAUGAUGUAAACGAGGAGCACAUCCUUGAUAUUUACCGGCUGAAAGUAACUCAUCGCAUUGAUACCGCUGGAUAUCUACAUAUCAACAUCAUAGUUCAAAUUCUACAACCUGGAUAUGAAACAAAUUGUCGCCGCCAAAAUCCAGUCAGUUAUCAGUCUGCGGUUACACAAAGUAUUAGUAAUAAUCCAUCUCACAGCAUCUCUCAUCGCUGUUGUUUUUAGUGUCAGUGCCUUCAUUGUUGCCAUGGUGAGCAUGUCAAAUAACAAAGAGUAUAAAGAGGAUGUGAACAUUGAACAAAUGAAGAAUGAAAUACAGCUGACAUCAUCAGAGAUAAAGAAGUUGAUAGAUAGAGUAGAGAAAGAGCGUGUCAACAAACAGAAGAAUGUUAGUGUACCUUCUGGCAAGUCUCUCUCUGUUCUUCCAAAUGCCCACAUUGGAUUUAAACUAUCUGAGGGAAAAUCUGGAAGACCAGAAUUCAACAACCACCAUCCUGAGAAGUUAAGAUUAGAUGAGCAGAGUGCAGGAAGUUAUCAUAAUGGUCUCCAUGUGUCUGUUGGCGGGAUUAAAAUAUUAAGUACUGGUUUGUACUACGUAUACAGUAGUAUAACCUACAAACUUACAGAUGUCUCUUGUUUGGAUCUGACUUUCCAAACUUGGUUCCACUAUGUGCAAAAAACUAGUACGGGUGAGUACCCAACGAAUGGAGUUUUGUUGAGAACCGUGCACACAUGUAGUGAUCAGCAGUUGUCAGGGUCUGGUGAAUCUAAAUUUAUAGGUGGUGUAUUUUACCUAGAAGAGGGAGACAUAAUCUCAGCAUUAUGUUCCGGCCUAAACUUGGUCAUGGGAGGGAAUGACCGUUCAUUCAUUGGAUUGUUUAUGUUGAGUGAAGGAUAGAAUGUUAAUCUAAACUCUAAAGACUAUCUAUCAAAAUUACAACGAAUUGGUCUUCUCAGAACAGUUUAACAUUAUUGUAACUUUAAAAUGUUUUAAACAAAAUCAUUUCUAUUGAUAUUAGCUUUAAAGCAUCAGGAGCAAUGAGCAAAAGGGGAUCUGCCUCAUGUGAACAAGUUGGUGUGUUUUUUGUCCUGAUAAAUUAUUCACCUAUAUAUGUAUACUUGUUUGCAAAAAAUAUUUUGUAAAAUGUUUUACAUGUUUUGGAUGUUCCUUCAGAGUUGAAGAUAGUUUACUUCCUAGUCCAAACCUCCCGCAGGAUGAUGGGGGAUGGGAGCAGGCAGGGUUUGAACACUGGACCAUCAAUAAAUCCAAACGGCAGUCCAGCGUGCAAACCGCAUGACCAGGCAGUUUGAGGAGACAGGUAGCUGUUAAAACAGUCAACUCAGGGCUUAUGGCCUCUUCUGUAUGAGUGCAUUGGAUACUACAAACUGUGAUUGUUGGUGUGCUUGUCUCGAGUGACUAGUAGAGUAUUGUGUGGGACUGUGUUUGGAAUCAUCUCAUCUCUGCCUGUGGUCCCUUCUGGGGCAUAGGCCACCAACCAGUUAUUUAGUCUUUCAUAGUGUGUUCAAGAUAUCUAUUUACGCUAGGCCUGUGGAAUAGAAUGCCCAGCUUAGCUGAACCAUAAAGGAACUGACUCAAAACUGUUGGACUGCAUUUUUUUCCCCUUAUUACGAAAUGUAUUUAUUCUUCAUCUCAGGAAGAGUAUGCACAAUUAACUACCCUUGCUAAUGGUAACCCUGGCAAGCUAAAUGCAUAUUUUCAUAUGAUGGACUAAAUAGUCUUGACUAAGUAGUCUUGACCAAAUAGUCUUGACCUGAAUGGAAUGCUUCUUUUUUUUUCUAUGUUUCAUAUUCCAAGCCAGUAUUGUAGUUAUUUCUACAAUUCAUUUAAUAUGUUGAUAAAUAGGAACAGGUUGACUGUCUAUUUAAUCUGUUCUAUUUUUACCUUGAACCAUUGCACUUAAAAUGAAAGUUUUACUAUUCUUAUUUUUUUAGUUUUGCUGGAAAAUUGGAAUGCAUAAUUCAAUUUUUCAACAUUAUGACAGUGCAUGUGUAGAAACUUUGAAACAGUUUUCUUUGAAACAGUUUUACAAAAUAGGUCAAUGCUUACACAUAAUAAGUGUUUUGUUUUUUUCCUGACCUCCUUCAGUUGUAAUAAUAAUAAUAAUUAUAAUAAUAAUUUUAUUUAUAAAGUGCUGUUAACAAACAAAAUGUAGGCUCAAGGCGCUGUAAUAACAUUACAAACACAAACAAGACAGCUAAAAUGACAAGAAUUUAGAAUGACUAAGGUUCAUCUUGUAGAGCACUUGUUCAUGUGACUGUGGAGCCCUAUUUUGGAGAGACACUCCCGUCCACAUAUAUCGCAGGUUAAGGUGGCUUUCACUGUGGUGGUAGAGAAGUCAGCUAUUUUUUGUGUGGCAUGCUUUUUUUUCCAGAGCUUAGGCCCAUGUUUUUUCACUUUCCAUAGCCUUCAUGGUCACCAUCUCUCUCCAUCUAGUGCUGUCUAGAACUGUCUUCCCAAUGGUCAGUAUCAUUGUUCACUGUUUUGAGGCACUGUUUUAUCAUAUCCAUGUAACAGAGGUGGGAGGUGGCCAGUUUUUCUUGAACCAGACGUGAGUUGCCCACAAAGACAAACAGACACAAACACUCUUUUGUUCCCCUGGCAACCAAAUCAUUAAGUAAGAACAAUCUGGUAUAAACUUUGUCACAUGUAAAUUAUGAGUGAGUCAGGUGUGAAUGUACACUUUGGUUUCUUAUAGUUAUAAUGUUUUUUGUUUGGUGUAAUGGACAAAUUGUAAGACAAAUUUCCAUACGGACAAUAAAGAUUAUUAUUAUUAUUAAGAAUUACUUUUGGAUGCGAUUGCCAAACUUUGUUUGAGGUUAUUGCUUGGGAGACUCAUAUCCUCCCUUUCAUAAGCCUUGGAUAGAAAUCUGACUUGUGGGUUGUGCACUUCUAGAUCAAAAUGUCUUCCCUAAGCUUUUGGACUUUGACAAGCUUAGAACAUUGCCUCCUCUCAGCGAGGGCACUAUGAGUUUCGUUCAGACCAACAGAGUGAUCUUGUAAGGGCGUCACUUUGGAUUCCAGAUUCUGUGGGGUUUUUUUUGUUGUUUUUUUCUAAACCAAAUGUUUUUUUCCAGCUUUUGAGUGUUCAUUGUUAUAAGUAGAUAAAGUCCCUGUGGCACUUAUCUCAGAUAAACUAUGUCAUUUUCUAUCUUUCGAUACACUAAUAAUGUCCACAGUAUACCACGAUAUACAUGAAAACAUAUAUUUCAUAUAUAUAAAAAAUAUUUUAUUAUACUAUUCAGGUUGCAGCAUAUUUGCAUACAUUUUAGAUUGUCUGCAAUAAAUGUUUAAUGCUCA